UCUUAAUUAUCAUAUGGACGUUAUUAAAAACAUAAGACAUGUUAAAAAAUAGUGAGAUAUAUUUGUAAAAAAAUUAAAUGACCGCGCCAUCUCGAGUGACAAGUUUAAACUAAAAGAAUUUUUUUUCCGAACCAACGCCAACAGAAAAACAAAAUGGCCGUGUUGUAUAACAUACUUUCCCGCCAAUUCACCACAUGGUCGCAUCACCGGCGUUGUUAAUAAAAAAUUUGCCACACCUCUUAAAGACGUAAAUAAUCGUAAUUAGAUAAAGUAACAAUAAAUAACAAGGUAAUUGUAUUAUUUUAAUAUUUAAAUUGUCUGAAAAAUGCAGCAGCCAACAAAACGUAUGAAAACUUCAGAUUCACAUCUUAACGCAAUUGCAUCGUCAAUUGAAACGAUUGGACACCUUGUAAAAUCAAUUGGACAGACCCACGAUUACCUUUUAAAAGUAAACAAGUUAAUUGUGAAACACGUUCGGGACCAGGAAGAACCCAAGGUAGCUUUGAAUUUAAGUACAGUGGACACAAACGAGCCAUAGAAAAUAAAAAUAAGUAAGUGACAAGAUAAAAAAUGUCUGAAGAUUUGUCCCAAGCAGUCUCAUUUGCUAAUGGUUAUUUUGCAUUAGCUGAUGGUUUGGUUGAUGACUUGGCUAAUUAUUUAGCUGAGGACGUUAUUUUAGAUUGGUUUGGACAGACAAUUAAAGGCCGAAAAAAUGUAUCAACAUUUAUGAAGUUCCAAAAUAUUAAUUCAAGACACAUUAUUGAUGAAAUAAAUCCGAGUUCUACAAUUGAGUACCGCAAAAUUCGUCCACUAAGAAGAAAAUAUUAUUCAAUGGGUAGUUGUGCGAAUAAAACACUUGCAGAUGAUGAUGAAGACAAUGGCAUUAGGUACAAGAGAAAAUGUUAUUCUGAAGGAAAAAUGGACACAAGUGCUGACGAAACAGAUGAAAUGGAUGUUGAAUCCGAGAGUGUUGAUUUUAGCAAAGCUUCUGUGGGAUUACAAAAUUACUGUCAUAAAUUAACAUUGGCUUUAAAUAAUCUAAACUUGGAGAAAUUGAAAUUAGAUUCACAGUCAACAGCGACUUCAAAGCCGUCUGAGGAAGCUUACAAUGCCAAGGACAAUGUCAGUGACGAUGAUGAUGACGAUAAUUACUAUAAAAAAUCAAAGUUGAAUGAAAGCUAUGUAACGGAGCAGUUUUUAAGCAAAUUAGAACCACAGCCGACUAAUUUUGAUGAAAUAGAACAGAAAAUAAACUAUUUUAAUGAAACAAACAAAGCUGGAUUUAAAAACGAGCAUGGACAAGGAGACGGACCAAUGAAUGAAAGUGUUAAUCUGAUGAAAUAUGUCGAAGUCUGCGGUGUUAUAAAAUCGGCGCGGUUUUUCAGCGCCAAACAAAUACGGAAAGAUCUGCGUCAGCGUCAGUGCCGACUCCAGAUAGCUUAUUCAAACAGAGACACAAAUUCCAAUUCAUUUGCUAAAACUGAAUCAAUACAAAUAAAGAAGACUGAAGUUGAUAACGUAGAGUCGACCAGUGCAAUGCUGGCGGAUGACGUUAAUAGAAAUUGUUAUAGUAGUAGUAGUAAUAGUAAUAGUAAUUUACUAAGUUUACAAGAAAUUAGAGAAUUAGGUAACAAACUAGUCCCCCAUGAUGAAAAUGCUAAUUAUUCAGAUAAUGACGAAGACUGUUAUUAUAAUAAUGAUCGGAAUAAAUUUCUACGAUGUCUGGAUCUACAGAUUACCGAUAACGGCGUCAAGGUGAAUGAGAAUGAUUUUGUUACGCCUAACUAUAAAAGACAGGAAUUGACACUUGAUAACAGCCCCAAGAGACUGUUUAAUGAAACUGAAACCGCUCGUGAUUUUGUAUUUAAUUACAUUAUACAUCUUAUUAUUUAUGAAAGUAACACCAAAUGUAGGCUCAAUCUUUCUUAUGAGUUUGAUGGUUAAAAAUAAUUUUUCUACAUGGAAAGAACAAAAUGACACUGGAUAUUAUCUCAGAUUAUACUCAGUGAUGUCUGUGGUGAAAAAAAAUUUCAGAUAGCUAAAAAAAAUCAGAUUAUACU